AUGGAUCCAUACUGCUCCCACUGCGACCGCACGUUUUCCUCCAAAGAAGCCCUAAAACUCCACGCCUCCAUUAACAUCAAUCAUGCCUACUGGUGCACACGGUGCUCGCGCGCCUUCCCCUCCCAAACAGCAAAAGCAGCACACAUAGAUCGUUCGACCGCCCACAACAUAUGCCAAAGAUGCAUCCACCAGGACUUCAUAACAGAAAAAGACCUACAAGCUCAUUUACAACACAACCACCACGAGUGCCAAACUUGUAAACAGGCGUUCGCGGACACAAAGGCCCUCGAUGAUCAUGUGCGCAGUGCACAUCUGUCUUGUGAUGUUUGUGGUCAGGUCUUUGGGGAUGGUAAUAGUUUGGAGAUGCAUAAAUAUAGCCACCAGGAGCGGGCUUUGCAGUGUUUCGGGUGCUCUCUCGCGUUCGGAAGUUACUCUAGUAUGAUUGCUCACUUGGAAUCUGGGUCUUGCGCUUGCGGCAUUACUGGGGAUAUGGUCAAAGCCAUCGCAUUAGAAUUCUCCACUAUGCAGGGACACAAAAUGCCCGAUCAGGCAUCUGAGAAGUAUCUUUGUCCGGCUUGUGCCAAAAAGCCUGGUUCUCUUUCUGCCUUGUGCCAGCAUGCGGAACGAGCUCCUGGCUGUCGGCAUUUGAUCAACGGGACAGGAGUCUUGGCUCAGCUGAUGAAGUUCCUGAAAAAGUCUAUGUGA